AAAAAGUUGGGCAAAGUCUAGCAGUCCUUCAAAGAGCUGUGGACACCAAUUUACAACAAAAACUCCCCUCCGUGCUUUGGAUUCACUCUCUCUCUGCCUCUCUCUCUACCCCUCUCUCUCUCCCACUCACUCACUCUAUCUGAACAGCGUCACUCUUGACACAGCGAGAAGACAGAGGAGCACAGGAAAGACCACUACAACAGCCUUAUCUUCACUUUUCACUCACCUACAGCCCAGGAUGUGGAUGCUACUUCUGGUGGGCACCUUUGGACUACUGGCCUCCUCAUCAGCAGCCAGCACUCAAGAAGUGCGAUCGCGUAGCUGCAGCUAUGCUGGUGUGUUUCUGGUGGAGGGUAGUGGCAGGUACAGUCUGCGUUUUGAUGAUGCCCAGACUCUGUGUGCGGAACUCGGCACUGAACUCGCCAAUGAGGAGCAAGUGACCAAAGCAUACUACAAAGGCUUUGAGACAUGCAGAUAUGGCUGGAUUAACAAUAGAAACGUCUCCAUUUUACGACAAGCUGCGCAUCCAAACUGUGCCGCAAAUAACACGGGCGUUCUUUUCCAGCACGGAGACAUGCUCAAGUACGACGCGUACUGUUACAACUCCUCAGAUACAUCAGACGAGAACUGUGAAGCAAAAAUUAGCUUUGACUCGGUUCUAAUGGACAGCAAUCCUGCACGUAGCCCUAACGAAUCUUCGAAUGCCACAGACACCCUAGAGAUAGACUCACUUACAGAGGAUCUUCAGGACACCACCACUCUGACAGCUGUUCUGGACAACAGCGACGUCUCUGUGAUCGAGACUUCGGUUGAGGGGUUCACUGCCACACCCGAGGACAAGCUGGACCUCACCACUACUGCAGGAGCCGGAACGGCACCUGACAUGGAAGACCCAGAGAGCAUCCCCUUCACAGAGAAAGAGAAUAUCUUAGAAACUGAGCAGCCCAACAGUACGACCCAGGAGGGCUCUGGUGUAGAGGGAACAGAGCUGUCCACUGUUGAGUUGCCAGCCAAACCCGAAGAGACAACACAAGUGUACACAAAGCUGACAGAAUCCGCAGUAGCAGGAGGUCCUCGCAGAGGUAGAAUGAAUGUCAAUGCUGCCCCAACUCCAGCCAGUCAGGGGAACAGCAGCACACCAGAUUGGCUGAUCAUUGUGGGAGUAAUAGUGGCAGUGUGUGCCAUUCUGUUGGUCUGUGCUGCCGUGGCAACAAGAAACAGGUGGUGUGGAAAGCAGAGGACUUUGACGAUCAGUGGUAAGGGCAGCAGUGAGGGAAACGGUGCAGCGGCGGCCGGGUCUAGCUCACUGGCUCAGGAGAGAGAACAGGAGAUGGUCACCCUCAUGAACAAAGAGAAGAUUCAAGAGAAUGGAAACACAGAGGAGUUCACAGUCAUCACCCUGGAGGAGUCACCAGAGAAGACUCAGCAAGCGUGAGAGAUGAAGAGCCAAUGGAGAGAGAGAGAGAGAUGGGAGAUAGGCGGAGAAAGAGGUAGAGACUGCAGUGAUUGGCAGACUGACUUGAAAAGGAACCAAACACACUCCUACACUGCCUACUGAGUGGGUCUGGGGAGGGAAGG